AUGGUCAAGUCGUUUGGGAGGAGUUUGAGGGAACAUCUGUGAUACAAUAUGAUGACAGACAGACAAGACAUUCGCAUACACAGACUAACACCGCAACCCGAAUUAUACUUCUCCGUUCUCGUAACCACGCCUGGUUGGGCGAUAGAAGGUGGAUUGUUCUGGAUGGGAUUUCCAGAUCAAACCACCGAUAUUCCUACUAUCGAUUAA